AUGAUCGACGCUAUUCUCCGUAUGCCAGCUCCCAUGAAUGUCACUGGUGUUCGUUCAUUUUUCGGAGCUAUUAACUAUUACGGUAAGUUUGUUCCUGGAAUGCGAACUCUUAGAUACCCGCUGGAUGAGCUGCUGAAAGCGGGAAAGAAGUUCAUCUGGUCGCCCGCCUGCCAGAAAUCCUUCCAAGCUUUUAAGAACAUUCUUGCUUCUGAUCUGUUGUUAACGCAUUACAACCCGGACUUAGAAAUUAUCGUUUCGGCAGAUGCGUCGUCCGUCGGAGUAGGAGCUACUAUCAGCCACAAGCUUCCAGAUGGAUCCAUUAAAGUCGUACAGCAUGCAUCCAGAGCAUUGACAUCCGCUGAGCAGGCCUACAGUCAACCCGAUCGUGAAGGUCUCGCUAUACUAUUUGCCGUCACUAAGUUCCAUAAAAUGUUGUUUGGCCGCCGUUUUAUACUUCAAACCGACCACGCACCUCUAUUACGCAUAUUCGGUUCUAAAAAGGGCAUCCCAGUGUACACAGCUAAUCGUUUACAGCGAUGGGCUCUCCAGCUGGUACUUUAUGAUUUCAAAACCGUUUACGUUCCAACCGAAAAGUUUGGUAAUGCAGAUAUCCUCUCCCGCCUGAUUGAUCAUCAUGUAAAACCUGAAGAAGACUUCGUCAUAGCCAGCAUCACACUAGAAGAGGACAUCAAGUCAGUUGCAAACGGUUCUCUUAAAAAUAUGCCUCUCAGUUUCAAUAUAGUACUGCAGCAUACACAGUCCGAUCAUGUGCUCAGUAAGGUCUACCAGUUCAUACAAAACGGGUGGCCGCUAUCUAGAAAGGUUAUAACCGAUAGGGAAGUCCAACGAUUUUUCGAUAGGCGUGAAUCACUAACAACCUUCCAGAACUCCAUCAUGUUCGGUGAGCGGCUGGUUAUUCCAUCUGAUUUCCGGAAGCGUUGCCUCAACCAACUGCAUCGUGGUCAUCCUGGGAUCCAGCGUAUGAAAGCCAUUGCGCUAAGUUUUGUGUACUGGCCAUCUAUCGACGAUGACAUUGUCGCGUAUGUUAAUGCAUGCCGCAACUGUGCAGCUGCAGCACGAAGUCCACCUAAGCUACUGCCACAGUCUUGGCCUACUGUUGUGAGCCCUUGGCAGCGUGUCCAUGUAGACUACGCGGGGCCACUGGAAGGAGAUAGUUACCUGCUUGCGGUGGAUGCCUACUCGAAGUGGGUCGAAAUAGUAAAAACCAGUUCUACGACGUCUGUUGCUACUAUCACCAUUCUGCGCAGUCUUUUCGCUCGCCUUGGAAUGCCUGAAACCUUGGUCAGCGACAACGGGUCCCAGUUCACCAGUGCUGAGUUCAGACAGUUCUGCCUCGAAAACGGCAUUGAUCACGUCACUACUUCACCCUAUCACCCGCAGUCGAACGGCCAAGCAGAGCGCUACGUCGAUACGUUCAGACGUGCAAUUGGGUCCUAA